AUGCUGUUCAAACACGCCAUCACAGCUCUCCUCUCGAUCAUCACUUGCGCUGUGGCUGUCCCGGUGGAACGGAGACUGGCUCCAAAUGAGACCGUGACCUACCUUGGUUCUCAAAGCCGAAUUCUCUCUGGUGGUGCAACAGCCAAAGGUUUAGUAUACACCGCGGGUACCGUGCCGUCCUUGAACGGAACUAUUGUCAGUGGUGGCAUCCAAAACCAAACCGCACAAGUGAUUCGUAACAUCGGAGCAAUCCUUGAAGAGGCUGGCACGUCUUGGGACUAUGUUCUCAAGACCACAGUUUAUUUGGCCACCAUGGACGAUUACAGUGCCAUGAAUGAAGUGUAUGCGGAGAUGUUACCCGAUCCUAAACCUGCUCGAACGGCUGUUGAGGUUGGACAAUUGCCCGGUAACUUUUCCAUUGAGAUGGAAGCCAUCGCAGCGAUUCCUUGGUGGUGA